GCCUCCAACAUCACCACCUCACCUUCACCACCACUCCAAAACACCACCCUUUCCAUCUCCGCCCGCCAGCCUGCGGUGAAUCCCCAACUCCUUCCCCGAGUCACACAGACUCAACCCCGUCGCAAAACAGUCGCAAAACAGUCGCAAAACAGUCGCAACCCCGACCACAACCCCGACCACAACCAAAGCUCCGAUCGACCACCCUCACGAACCCGCAACGUCACAACAACCUCCCCUCCACAUCACCAACAACCAUCACCAGAUACCAUACCAUGUCCUCCACCGAGGAAUCCCCCGCCCAAAGGGCCGCCCGCCAGCGCCGUGAGCGCCGCGAAGCCAAAAUCAAGGGCGAUGGCGCCGCGCGUCUCGACAAGAUCACGAGUCUGAGCGGACGCACCCCGGCGAGUCUCCGCGAAGAAACCUCUCCCUCCCCCUCCCCAUCCGCCUCGACCUCCGCUUCAACCGCAAACCCAACAUCCACCUCACCCUUCGCCUCAGCGCCAGAAUCCCCAUCCCCAUCCCCAUCCCCCUCCCCAACACCACAAAGUCAGACAACCACCACCUCGACGCCCCGCAAAACCUCCAUCUCCAUAGUCGAGCCGCCCAAACCGCCCACCAUCCUGUCCACAGACAGCGAAUACGAGCGCCAACAGCGACUAAUCCGCCAAAUCCAAGCCGCGGGCUUCUCGCCCGAGAACAUGGACCCAGGGCCGGGGCCAUACCCCGAGGACGGCAAUUUCCAAGCGCAAUUCCAACCGCAGCCCCCAUUCCAAUUCCCAGGACAAGCCCAAGGCCAAGACGAAGACCCAACCCUCAAACUCCUCCAAAGCCUCCUCAGCAGCGCCGGCGCAGACCUCCCCGCGGGCUUCAACCUCGACCCCAACAACCCGACCCAAUUCCCCGGUUCCGGUUCCGGUUCCGGACCAGAUGCAGGCGCAGGCUUCAACCCGACCGCCUCCCUCCUCUCCAGCCUCGGCGUUCCCCCCUUCCUCGCCAGCCUAAUCACCUCCGCGACGUCCGCGCCCAGCGAAUCGGAAAAGAAGCAUACCGUGCUGUGGAAGAACAUCCACGUGCUGUUUUCCGUCAUCAUCGGGGUCUAUCUGCUUGUGUUGAUGGGGGCUGCGGUGUCCACGUAUGGAGCUCAGCCGCCGCCGCCGGCGACAGCCCGGAACCCGUUCGUGCUGUUUGUGACGGGCGAGGCGGUGUUGAGUGCCAUGAGGAUUUUGGGGCUGGGGGGCUCGGGCGGCGUGCGCGGUUGGAUGCAGGUGGGUAAGGAUGUGGUUCGGGAUGGCAGUUUGGUGGUGUUUUUGUUUGGGGUGGCGAGUUGGUGGUCUAGGGAGUGGAUUGUUUGAAAUUGAAAUUAAAAUUACAGCUAUGUUUGGUUUUACGUGGGGGGAGGGUUGUAUUGUGAAUACUAUAUUUUUAUUUCUAUUUUCUUUGUUACAUUGUUAAGAGUGUUAAUGAUAUGAUAUAUGCUGUUUAUGAGGUUGUGCUGGGUAUGGAUGGUGGGGAGAGGUGCAGGUUUACUACCGAGGUAGAGGACUGCUAGAUGAUAGCUAC